AUUGAACUUAAGACUGCUCCAGCUGAUUUCCGGUUCCCAACAACCAAUCAAACAAGGCACUGUUUUACCCGCUACAUCGAGUUUCAUAGGUGUGUUGCUGCAAAGGGUGAUGAGGCUGCUGCCUGCAAUAAAUUCGCAAAAUACUACCGUGCACUUUGCCCUGGUGAAUGGGUUGAGAAGUGGAACGAGCAGAGGGAGAACGGGACUUUCCCUGGUCCGCUUUAAUUAGAAACCAUCAGAUUUGCCAGCAUCCUUUUUGGUUAUUGUUAUGAAGAAGCAAUUGUUUGCAUUGAUGUUCUUGUUUGAAUUGUCAAGAUAUCAACAAUAAGGAGACUUUUUUCUACUUUUAUACAGUUUCUCAGUUUUAAUUCA